AUGAUUGGGUUCGUUGCUGGCCAAUUCCGGAUCUCCAAGCCCGACACUGGCAAGAAGCAACAGGCCGGGUCCUACCGGGACUACGGAACUGGGGAGCAGUUCCAGAAGAGCACGGGCCUGGCGCGGAAACGAACGUCAGGGACAGCGCUUCCGAGGGAGAACUCCAUCCAUCGGGGCAUCGUCGUCUGUACCAAGGAGUAUGGGGCCUUCGUCCAGCUUGGCAAAGGCGAGAAGUACAAGGACGGCUUCCUCCAUAUCGGAUGCCUCCCUGCGCCGCCCGGGGUGGAGCGCCUUGAAGUGGUCAACUCCGUCGUCCGGGAAGGGGACAAAGUCUGGGUGAAGGUCCGCGAUGUGGAUGAGGAAAGCGGCAAGUACGCCUUGGACAUGAG